AUGAUGAUGAUGGCCGCUCACAUCCCCGCCGCGCAGGCUUCCUCGCGAUCCAGCUCCGUGAGCCAAGAUCAAUCGCUCGAUCUCGUCGCUCCGUUAUCGCUAUCCAGCCUUAUCCACACUCGAUCAGCUCGGCGCCGAACAGUCACUCUCAGCGCGACCGUUGAAGAGCAAUUCCCCAAGCAAAAUCCCUCCUUUAGCCGUCGCGGCUCCAUCCUCAGAAAGCUGGCGGGUCCACGAGAGAACGCGAAGCGAUUCCUUCGCCUACGAAGAAGGCGAUAUGCGAUCGGAUUCGUCUUCGAUGGCGACCGACGUUUUGGCCCGGCGCUGCCCGAGCAUACCACUGCUGUUCCCGAGUUGUCCACUCCGUUUCCCCCGCUUCGUAAUGAGAAGAUUGUCGCGACGGGGAGUGGCCUCACGGUGGGCAUUGCGUUGACGGAGCCGGUGCUGUUUCUACAAGGCUACGAUCAACAUGAUCCCAGUACAAAGAAGUCGGCCAUUCUACGAGGCCAAAUACAUUUGAAAGUGACCAAGUGUGUUAAGAUUAAGAAGAUUUCCAUUUGUUUCCGUGGCCAUGCACAGACGGACUGGCCAGAUGGUUCGCAAUCCCCCAAUCAUGACCACGGAUCGAAAGUCCAUACUAACAAGAUCACAGGAAUUCCUCCUAAGAAGAUCCAUUUUCAUGAUAAGAAAGAUUUGUUUACCCAUGGCGUCAUCUACUUCAACCACGGCGAUACCGCACUCAUGCAAAAUGACUACGGCGCACACUACUAUCAGCACGCAAAGCCCGCAUCGCCCGUACCAGGAAAGGAGGGAGUCACCGCAACCACCCGGGAACUAUUUUCCAAGAGCGGCUCAAAUACAUCUCUCGGUAUAAUGACCGCGAAAGAUGCCAAACGUCUCUCAGUACAGACCACCCGAGGCCACUCGCGAAGUUUCAGCAGGAAUGAGCCUCCAGUGAGUACGCAGAAUCAGCCACAGCGCAACUACCGCAUGUUCCCCGUCGGCGACUACCUCUACAGCUUCGAAUUCCCCAUCGACGGCUCGCUCCCGGAAACGAUCAAGACGGAUCUGGGCUUUGUCCGAUAUGAUCUGGAGGCAAUCGUCGAGCGCUCGGGCGCAUUCCGGCCAAAUCUCCUGGGUACCCUCGAAAUCCCCGUGAUCCGCACGCCGGCCGAGGGCUCGCUAGAGCAGGUUGAACCCAUCGCCAUCUCACGCAACUGGGAGGACCAGCUCCACUACGAUAUUGUCAUUUCUGGCAAAUCCUUCCCGCUGGGCUCCCAAAUACCCAUCGCAUUUAAAUUGACGCCACUCGCAAAGGUGGAAUGUCAUCGCAUCAAGGUAUACGUGACGGAGAAUAUCCAGCAUUGGACUGCCGACAAAAGUGUGCAUCGACUGCAGCCGGCAAAGAAGGUGCUCCUGUUUGAGAAGCGCGCCGAGUCUGCUAGCACGAGCACUUACCCCGGUAGUUCAAUGCGCAUUACUGCGGGCGGUGGUAUUGACUGGGAUCAUCGUGCGGCUGCUGCGCGAGGAGAGGAGAUUGUGGAUCGUGCUCGGACGAAUUUGCUGGGCAACUUGAAUACUGAUUCUGGCGUUGGUCCAACGGAGAUGGAGUUUAAUGUGCAAUUGCCGAGUUGCCACGAGAUGAGGGGACGGGAUGAAGCGCAACGUUUGCAUUUUGAUACGACCUAUGAGAACAUCCAGAUUAACCAUUGGAUCAAGAUUGUCCUCCGCCUCUCCAAAAUCGAUGAGCGCGACCCAACCAAACGCAGACACUUUGAAAUCUCCAUCGACUCGCCCUUCCACAUCCUCUCCUGCAAAGCCACCCAAGCAAAUAUCUACCUCCCAGCCUACAGUCGACCCGCCACGGAGCCAGACCCACCAGCCCAAGAAUUCGAGUGCGGAUGCCCCGGUGCCCCGCCAGCAGCACGAGAAUAUACACUGGGCCAGUCCAGCUCCGACCGCGAAGACUCCACCUCGAACCUCCACCGGCCCAACUCCAUCACCCCAGUCUCCCGCAGCUUCACCAACGGCUCGGGCGGCCUUGCCCGCCCGCCACAGGCCCAUAUCGCCCACGAACCCAGCAUCGAUCGCGAAGUCCCUCGCCCGAUGCAUCUUGUUCGUGCGCCAUCGUUCGCACCACCCGCGUUCGAGGAUGUACCCCCGCCACCGCCGCUCGUCACUCCACCACCCGAGUACACGAGUAUCGUGGGUAACAAUGACCGCGAGGCCGUGCUGGAGGACUACUUCUCCCGACUAUCCUUUUACGAAGAGCAGGAUGACGAGCGCGGUCUCGGCCGUGUCGAUGUACCUCUUACACCCGGAGGACGGAUAAAUCGCAGCAUGGACGUGCCGCGGGAGUGGGUGCGCAUCGAAGACUUUACUGCUUCAUAA